AUUGUGACUAAUUGUGACUUUUACACAGCCAUUAAAAAUAUAUUUUGGCCAAAUAAUCUUAGGCAUCGAUCUGAGUUUCUGAUGAACAUAAAGCCCAGUUACAAAAAGCUACCUCCACCCUCGCCAGAAGCAAAAGAUAUACAGAACUGGACCUUGGUAGAUGAAGCUGGGGAAGAGGAUGAAGAUCCUGAAACCAGCUGGCUACUACUAUCUGAGGAUGACUUUGUUACCCUUCUGUCACAGUUUCCUUUUGACGAACUGUUUAAGCAAUUACUUGGAAUAACUGUAAAAGGUGAAUACAAUCCAGAAAAAACCACAAGUGAUCAGAUGAUGAAAAUCAUUGGAUUUGCAUCCUCAUUGGUGGAAGUGCUGGCAGUGGGUUUGGAAACUUUUAACAGAGUACGAUACAGGCAAUUUGUGAAGAGGAUUGGUCAGAUGAUCAGGAGAACAAUUUGUUACAUAAGUGACCACUGGGCUCAGUAUGUCACUUUUCACAAAGAGCAUGAAGCUAAGAUAUAUCACCAGUUUUAUUCUCUUGAAAAGCUGCAAAUAGAAUUUGAUGAGCUGGUUCUUCGGGCAGUACUUCACGUGCUGAAAGCCAAAAGGUUGGGAAUUUGGUUUUUCAUGUCUGAGAUGCCAUUUGAAACCUUAUCAACUCAGAUGAUAUGGAAACUCUUCUACAUUCUGCACUGUGCAGAAAGUGAAAAUAUUGCGCGGUUGUGUGCUACUCUACGUACUGAUGAAUGCAAAAGCAAACUUAAAGACCCUGAACAUAAACAAAUGUUUGAACAAUGUCUGUCCAACAUUACCAACUCUGAAGGAAUAUGCCUUCUCACCACAUUUGCACAUAUGACUCAACCAAAGCAAGGAAAUGUGGAUCGAGAGUUUGUCAAGACAGUUGCUUUAGAAAUAUAUGAGGUAGCUUUUGUAAGUCUUUGCACAAGAGAAGCCUUUUCCAAGGUUGGCCGCGAUCUUUUGGCCACAAUUUUGACUGCUAAUCCUGAUAUAAUCUCUAUACUUCUGGAUCGAGUCCGAGAAACUAUUGAAACAGUUGGCAUGGUUUCUCUGUACCUAUUUAAAGAACUUCCCCUGCACCUAUGGAAAAUCACAUCAACUGAAGUUGAUAUAAUUCAUGACUGGCUUCUGAACUACAGUUUAUCCACUGUGCAGAAUAAGUUGGCUUGCAUCAUACUUGAAGGACUGAAUUGGGGUGUUGAUGAACAGCAAUCAACCCUUGCUGUUGAUGCUUCCCUUCACACAGAAGUAGCAUUGAUGGUUCUGGAAGUGUAUCAGAAGUACCUCACUGAUAAACCUUACAGUGGAUUCAUAUCUGAAAGUUUAAAACAGGUACCAUAU